AUGGCGAUGGAUGGUGUGUUUCGGCAGGGAAGGAUUUCUGUCCUCGCCCUCGCAUGCCUGUGGCUCGUCUCCUGCAGCCAUGGCGCUCAAGACUUCCGUGUGCUCCAGGAGUUCUCUCCUCGUCCUGCGCUUGCUUAUCUCAACUUCUCCUUCAACGCCGACGCCUUCGUAGCAUGCAGGCAGCGCGUCCUGUCGUUGGUGAUGGCAGGAGAGAAGGCGAGGACAGGGGAGGAGGUGGAGGUGGAGGUGGAGGUGGAGGUGGAGUUUGCUGUCUUGAACCUCAUCAUGGGAGAAUCUGCCGGACGUGUCCUCGUGUUCUUGGAUGGUAUAAACGUCGGAGAAUGUCCAGCUCAGGUGUGCAGCAUCAGGAUCGCCGGAGGGGCUCUGGGGGCAGGAAGCAGCCGCGAGCUUCUCCUGUCCUUCAUUGCGUCCGAGCAGACGCUGGCGGCUCAGGUGGCUGUCGCUCUUGGGACGACGAUCCAGAUCGAGCUCGAGCAGCGGGGGGGGAACGGGGACGGAGGAGCAGCAGAGCGACUGAGAGCAGGGGAAAGGUUCAAUGCACUUCCCGAGGGACGGGAGGGCAAGCUAGAGGAGCCAGAGAGGCUUGCAGGGGAGGGGGAGAGCCAUCAGGUUCAGAACGACUUCAUGAGGGAUUUCGUUUCCUCACACUUCAAUAUCCGUCGGGUCCUGGAGAUUGGGUUCCAUGCAGGAAAGUCGUCCAGGGCCUUGUUGGCGGCAAGGCCAGACGUGCAUGUCACUUCCUGCGACAUCGGCCGCCAUGGCCACGAGGAAGCGUUCUGGACCUUUACCAUCAACCAGUUCCCUCGCCGCCACUCGCUCGUCGUCGGUGACUCGGCACGAGCCAUCCCAGCGUUUGCAAGGAUGAACCAGCUUCAAACCUUCGACCUCUUCUUCGUCGACGGCGGACAUACGCUGGAGCAGGCGCACUCGGACAUGAUCAACUGCCAGGCACUGGCAAGGAGGAGAGCAGGGGAGGAAGCGUCUUCCGUCGUGAUGAUGGACGACUUGACCCCCUGGGUCUACUGGGGACGGGGCCCGACAGCAGCAUGGGAGCGGGCGAUGGAGGAGGGAGUGAUCGAAGGGGUGGAGUUCUACAGGCAGAAGACGACAGAGGAGCUGCUGUGUGUCUCCGAUGAGGAGAGAGGAGCUGGAGCUGGAGCUGGAGCUGGAGCUGGAGCUGGAGCUAGAGCUGGAGCUGGAGCAGCAGGGGGGAACGAGGAGGGGACAUGCAACAACACGAUCGGGUGGGUGAGGAUGAGUGCGAAAGAGUUCGAGGAGCUGAAGGAGAGGUACGGGGAGCUGCGCAGCUCUUUCAACGGAUCGGACGAGCAGUUCGAGACUAUCAAGGUGUGGGCUGUUGGGAAGUUCACUGGGAGGGGUGGGGAGAGGGAAAGAGUCGAGCCUUUCGUGAUGGAGGUGAAGCACGAGGGAGCGAUGUUGAAGUCCGAUGAGGGAGAGGCAGGGAGGCAGGAGCAGGGAAGUGCGCAGACUUUGGGUGAGAGGUCAAGGGGAGGACAGGAGGUUGGGGAUGGAGUUGCGGUCUGCGUGAUCGGCAAGGAAGAAGAGAUCGACGCUCUCCUGCUCGCUACUUCCACCAUCGUCAGCAUGUUGCCAGGGUGGUCAUUACAGAUAUUCUACAUCGGGAAAUUUGGAGAGGAGCUCAAAGUCCGAAUGAAGCCUAUGCUGCAGCUGCAGGAUAUGCAGGAGAAAACUAGCUUCAUCGAGAUCCCCGAGCGCGUCAACGAACGCUUCCUUCGCAACGAGACGAGCAACGAGCUCUGGCACUCGCACCACGACCAUCCCGAUGGAGGGAUGAAACUGCUGUGCGAGCGGGGAAUUCACUACGACACGCUCCUCAAGACGCGAUGGUUCUGGGAGCAGGUGGAGCAAGAGAAGGUCCUGAUCUAUCAGGCCGACAGUCUGUUGUGUAGAGAUGCAGAGCUUGACAUCGAAGCUUUCCUCGAGUUCGACUAUGUCGGGGCCCCGUGGAGGCAGGGGGCAUGCCCACACGACAACGACAGGAGUGUUUCGAUUUGCAUGCAUGACUUCAUCCAGAUGGUGGACGACGCUGGUUUCUUCAUAGACAACUACUCGCUGCCGCAAGGGCAGGGAGGGAACGGAGGAUUAUCCUUCCGCAAGAAAUCCAAGAUGCUCGAGAUCAUCGAGAGGUGCAAGUAUUCUUUAUCCAUGGACUGGAACGAAGACGUUUUCUUCUCCUUCCCCUGCCCUGGCGUUCAGAUUCACCUCCCUCCGCUCGACGUAGCUGUUAAGUUCAGCGUGGAGAGCGGGGAGCUCUUCGAACGACCCUUCGGCCUCCAUAAGCCUUGGCGGCACAGAACGAGUUCCGAUCUCAAGGUCCUCACCCGAGCAUGUCCAGAGCUGCCAGUGCUCGCGGGGUUGUGCAAAGUCAGCUUGCAAGAAUGA